GGCCGACGAUCGUUCGCAGUGCGGCGCGAGGAAGGGGGCCGGGCGCUUCCCCGUCCCGCGCGUGGGUGUGCGUGCCCGAGUGAUAGAUACACAGUUGUCGGGUGACAGAAGCGCGGAGGGCGAGGAUAACCCAAAUAGGGAAGGUGCGCCCUUUACCCGUUACCUCCUCGGUCGGAAGUGCAGAGGUGCGAGCGAGAGAGUGAGCCGAGUGUGCGUGUGUGUGAGAGAGAGAGAGAGAGAUCGUGGAAACGUGACAUUACGGCAAAUGACAGCGAAGAGGUGAGGAUCAAUGUGCCGUGAUGGCUGAGGAGGAGCUGCUGGUCACCCUGUGCCGCGGCGACUCCGGCUCCGGCGGCUCUUUCGGCUUCUCCUUGCUCGGCGCCUCGGCGUCGGCGGGCCUGCCGGCCGCCCACGUCAUCUACGACAUCGUCGAAAACUCGCCGGCGGCCAGGAGCGGCAAGGUCGAAGCUGGUGAUGUCAUUCUUAGGGUGAACGAAGUUGAUGUCAAUCGAUUCAGUACGAAAGAAGUACUAAAAUGUCUACGACUGUCUUCAGAUCCCGUUACUCUGAAGCUACGAAGGGAUCCUGCGGUGAAGGCUCACGUUCGCCGCCUUCUUUCUCCCGGACAACCUAUUAAAGAUGAAAACACAGAAUCCUCAAGAGAUGUCUUGACGAACAAUCCUAAGAACAUUGUCACUUCCGGCAAUGUAGAGAAGAAGGAACUCAAGAAGACGCCGGUCACGCCAGAAAUGUCCGCAGACUCACCAACGUUGACACCGACGCCUGCAACGACGACGAGGAGCAACGGCUCGUGCAGCGAUGCCUCUCUCUCAUCGGAAUUAGAGGCACUCUUGCCACCCGUGGACCAUUUUAAGGAAGAGGAACGGACCCAAUGGGAGCCCCUGUGUGCCGAGAAAUUCCCGCGACAGAAAACUACACCUCGGUUUGAAGCGUACAUGAUGACCGGCGACCUGAUGCUAAAUCUCUCCCGCACACAACAGAGCAGUAAUCUGCUACCUAAGCAGCGAAAGGUGGACUCCCUUAGGUACAAUCCCAAUCAUCAGCACACUACCACCAUCACCACCACUAGUGCCCACCACAACCACAAUCAUCAUCAUCAUCAUCACCAUUAUCAUAACUCGGUACCCAGCAGUCCCAAUGAGACCCAACUGGCACACCAGCACCAUCACCAUCGAGGAAGCGUCUAUAAAACUUCCAGCUCGGCCAGCACAUCACCCGUAGGCGCUGCCAGACGCGACGGAGUGCAAAGCACUUCGGGGGCCUUGGUCCAAGUCGAUCCCGGCAAGAACACUCCUUCGAGCUUUGGUUUUGUACGUACUUCGCGGUCGGAAGAUCAUUUGCAGUUCCAGAAAGAUCCCUCAAUGAGCGCCGUGGAUAUCGACAUCGAUGACGAUGUCACUUCAAGUCUGAACACGCUGCUGGAUCCACGGCCAGAAGGCCUAAUGCCAAACGAGCGAAUUGUUUGGACUUACAACGCGCCUGUUAGCUCACCAGCUGUUUCCUGCUGCCAAAAUGGCGGUUCCUCAUCUUCGUCUUCGUCCUCAUCAUCCUCUUCAACGAGCCCUCAGCGUUCUCUAUCCCCUGCUUCCCCCACCUCCGUCUCGUCCUCCGUCAUGUCCUCCAACUCUGGUUCCCGUAGGUUCCCACCGGCCCAAACUGUUCCCGGGGUUUCCAGCGCCCCGGGAAGUCAUCUCCCCGCUAACGGCGAUUUCAGCCAGUCGGAGGCCAUCAGCAACAUGUCCAGUCCCGACUACAACGAUGAAGAAACGAUGGAUAUUCUCAGCGCGAGGGAUAUUAUGAUGGUCAGCGAUCCCAGCGACAGUGAUUCCACCAUUCUGGCGAGCGAACCGCCUCAGAGAAGACUGAAGGCUAAUCCUCAGGAUGCUGGAGAACAUAGAAUAGUGAUUCAAGUAAAAGGGCCUGACAAGGAGACUCCAAGAAACACGAGUCCCAGGCAGACGAGGAGAAGAGGAAAUCCCAUUGGGGAACUGGGGCCGCCUGCUGCGUCUCAAAAUUUGCAGCGAAAUCAACCUGGGAUUGCGGGGGUGCCUGGGAUCAUUUCAGGAUCUGUGACACCCGAAUGUGUAGGUUAUCAGGAAUUGAAAGAGAGCGAAGAUGAGAGGGAAGCUUUAAUCGCUGGAAUGUGCGACGAACAGAAGGGACAUGGAAGUGGCGCGUCGCCGCCACAGUCAGCGGACGAAGAAAGCGAUAUCGAGAGUUUGCACAGUUUUCACUACAGCCCGAAAGCGGUAGAUUUGCCCUCCGCGAUCCGACUGGCCAAACGUCUCUAUUCCUUAGAUGGCUUUAAAAAGUCUGAUGUCUCCAGACAUUUAAGCAAAAACAACGAUUUUAGCAAAGCUGUGGCAGAGGAAUACCUGCGCUACUUCAUCUUUGAACGAGACACACUAGACAUGGCUCUCAGAAAAUUUCUCGCUCAAUUUUGUUUAACGGGAGAGACUCAAGAAAGAGAAAGAGUCUUGGUACAUUUUUCCAAAAGAUAUUUAGAUUGCAAUCCCGGCAGUUUCAAUUCUCAAGAUGCGGUUCAUACAUUGACUUGUGCGAUAAUGCUGCUUAAUACAGACUUGCACGGUCAGAAUAUUGGCAGGAAAAUGUCAUGCUCAGAAUUCAUUGAGAAUCUGUCAGAGCUCAACGAUGGCGAUAACUUUCCACGUGAAGUGCUCAAGCAGCUUUAUAACGCCAUCAAGUCCUUUCCCCUCGAGUGGGCCCUGGACGAAGAAGGGGAUGAAGCGACGAAUCAAGCAAUUCAGCAAGGUGACGGUACGGCAGCAAUUGCUGGUACCGGAAAUCCAUUUCUCGAUGUGCCAAAUGUCACGGGUGCUACAGAGUUCAAGAAAGGCUAUGUUAUGCGUAAAUGCUGUUAUGACUCCAAUGGCAAAAAAACUCCGUUCGGCAAACGUGGAUGGAAGAUGUAUUAUUGUACAUUGCGUGAGCUCGUGCUAUACUUGCACAAAGAUGAGCACGGCUUCCGUAACGAUAGUUUACACAAUGCUAUACGUAUUCAUCAUGCGUUGGCUACUAAAGCGACCGAUUACACAAAGAAGCAGCAUGUUUUUCGGUUGCAAACUGCCGACCAAGCUGAAUAUCUCUUUCAGACGAGUGAUUCGAAGGAGCUGCAAUCAUGGAUCGAUACCAUCAAUUUUGUAUGCGCUAGCUUUUCGUGUCAGCCUCUCGCAGGCGCGGUUGGGUCUCAACGUAAAUUCCAGCGUCCAUUGCUGCCAUGUAGUCAUACCAAAUUAAAUUCUAGAGAACAGUUGCGGGACCACGAAGAUAGGGUCAACAGGCUAGAAACAGAAUUGGAGGAGCACAGACGGCAUCCUCCGGAAAGAGGUGCUAAGGCACUCACUGUACAAAAUUAUAAGGAAAAAGAUGCAUAUUUGCAUCACGAGCUGAAGCGGUAUAAAACAUAUGCCUAUCUUCUUCGUUCCCGGCUGUCGUUCAGCGAGAUGGAAUCAUCACUAGUUGAAAGCAGUAUUGGUGAGGUGGACGAGGGUAUGCCACUUGGACCUACUGGAGCCAUAGGAAAUGCAGAAGGAGCUCUGGUACCACCGCCGGUUCCCGAACGAUCAACUGCUACUAAUAGAGUUGACCCGGCAGCAACGUAAACAGGAUCCAGCAAGAUUGUUACAUCCAGCUUUCAGGAUGUUACUCAGGACAUCUUCCUUUUCGCGCAAAUAUAAAAUAAAGUUUACUGUUAAAAUCGAAUAUUGAAAUGGUCAUUGAAAAAUUAUGAUAUUUAAGGAAGAAUGAAGAUUGUGUGUGUGUUGGCUGUGUCAAUCAAAGUUAUUAGUUUAUUAAUUAACAAGAAAUAUAAUUAAUAAAUUAUAUAGGAUAUAAUUGCCUAUUCCCAUAGCUCAUAAUAUUUUAUAAAUACAGAUUGCAGAACUUUUAGAUGCAACAUUAUUUAAGCAUUUUUUAUAUUAGUUUCCUAUAUUAAGUUAUUAGAAAUAGAUCUUUUUACUUAAAUAAAGUUUAAUUACAAAGUAACAUUUUGGUUAAAUUUAAAUAAGUGAAGAAAUCACAUGGUUUUGAAAGUAUUGUAAAUCGAUUUAUUAUAAAAGUUUUUUAUUACCAUUUUUGUAGACAAAUUUGAUCUUUGAUUAUAUUAAUAAUAGGCAAUCUUUAUUCUUUCUAAUUAUAAAAUUUUCCAAAGCAACAGAGAACAAAUAACCAGAAUACAUUAUAGAAAAGGUUCCAAGAUAAGAAAAGGGUGAUUAAAACCUUACCUCGUAAGAUUAGGCAAUCUUUUCGUUUCCUAGCAAAGGUAAUUGAUUUGAUAAUAAUUAAAGCUAGAAUUUCUCUCCGUAUUUACGCGAAAUAUUAUUUAAGACUGAUUGUAGCAAAAUGUUGUGUGCACCGAAAAUUAAACAAUUGAAAGGAAAUUGCCAAUACGUAAAAAUUUGUUUCAACAUAGUGACGAUUAACAUAGUGUAUGUAAUUCUUUCCUAAUCCUAUGAUAUAUUGUACUAUCAAAAAUUAUUACAAAAUUAUUCCUUAUAGAUAUUUUAUAAUUCUAUAUGGACGAAUAAUACAUUUAAAUCGUUAGGAUGCGAAAAAGAGGCCAAAGAAUUGCAUUUAUAUAUACAUUCUACUUACUCAAUUUCUUCCAUAAUUUUACGUAUUAUGUAUGUAUAUACAUGCACACAUACACACACUCACACGUGCACGCACACACAUACACGCUUCAAGACUUUACAUAAUAUAUUUACACAAUUUUUAAUUUUGUUUUAUGAAAAUUGGAGAUAGCAUGUUUAGUUUUAUUCAUUGAGUAACUAGAUAAUAAAUUAAAAGAAUAAGAUUUCUUUGUACAGCUUAAUUUGCUGCCAUUGUAAACAUACAUUUGUAAAUAUAUUUUUAUUAUUAUUACCAUAUUAUAGUAUUAUAAUUUGAGGAUAAUUAUUGAUCGAUAUAAUGAAUUUAAGAAAAAAUGACUGCGUUUUAUAUUUAUGGAUUACUAUUAUUAUAUGUAUCUUUGUAAAUAUGAUUAUGUAGAUAUUAAAAUAAAAAAUCCUAUAAAUAAUA